CACCAUAAUGAUUAAAUACCAUGUAUAAUUAAUUUCCUUUUUUAAUAAACAAUUGAUUGAAUCUCUAUUUCGGAGCAUCCCCGAAAUUCCCAUUUUGAGAAAAUGUCUCUUUGAUUGGUGAUUAGCAGGAAGGUCAGCUAUGCUGCUUGAUAUCACUAUAUAAGUGUUGAGGUGCAGAAAAAGAAAUUGGUAAAGUUGUUUCUGAUUUGGGGAAUUACUGAAUUCGAGUCCUGAAGUAGCAUAUAUUAGAGAAGUAUUAAAUUGGUGAUGGGAGGUAGUAGUUCAAAAAGAUCGAGGCAGGGACUGUCUUCCUCGAGUGGGUCUGCAAAUUCUUCUCCAUGGAGUCAUUAUGGAUAUCCACAACAACACCUGUAUUAUACGCCGCAGCAUCGACAUGCGCCUGCAAGUUCGUAUAGUUCGCAGACGCCACGGCCGCAUAGGACAUUUGAAAGGAAAUACUCGAGAAUAGCUGAUAACUAUACCACCUUGGAACAGGUUACAUCUGCUCUUGCACAAGCUGGGCUUGAGUCUUCUAACCUCAUUGUUGGUAUUGAUUUCACAAAAAGCAAUGAGUGGACAGGUUCUAGGUCAUUCAACCGGCGAAGUUUGCACGAUAUUGGAAAUGGUUUAAAUCCCUAUGAACAAGCAAUAACAAUUAUUGGAAAGACUCUAUCUGUUUUUGAUGAGGAUAACUUGAUUCCCUGUUUUGGAUUUGGAGAUGCAUCAACACAUGAUCAAGAUGUCUUCAGCUUUCAUUCAGAUGAGACGUUUUGUAAUGGAUUUGAGGAAGUCCUAACUUGCUACAGGGAAAUCAUUCCCCGACUUCGACUUGCAGGACCCACAUCUUUUGCACCUAUUAUUGAAAUGGCCAUGACAAUUGUUGAGCAAAGUGGCGGUCAAUACCAUGUUUUGUUGAUAAUUGCAGAUGGCCAGGUUACAAGAAGUGUUGAUACACAGCAUGGUCAGCUUAGCCCACAAGAACAGAAGACAAUUGAUGCAAUUGUGAGAGCAAGUGAAUUUCCUUUGUCAAUAGUUUUGGUUGGGGUUGGAGAUGGUCCUUGGGAUAUAAUGAGGGAGUUUGAUGAUAACAUCCCUGCUCGUGCUUUUGAUAAUUUUCAGUUUGUGAACUUUACAGAAAUUAUGACAAAGAAAAUAGAUCCAUCCAGAAAACAGACCGAAUUUGCUCUUUCAGCCUUGAUGGAGAUACCAUCUCAAUAUAAAGCAACUAUAGAACUAGGCAUAUUGGGCAGUCAACGGACAGGAAAUGGACCGGACAGGGUUCCUCUUCCCCCACCUCGAUAUGGUGCAUCCUCUUUCAACAGCAGCAGAAAGACCUCUCGCUCAAAUAGUUUUCAGCAGCCGCUACAUUCAUAUUCUGGAUAUGAUGCAGGAGUUAGUGCAGCCCCAUCUUCUAGUUCAGUUUAUGAUAAUCAGCUUUGCCCCAUUUGUCUUACAAAUAAGAAGGAUAUGGCCUUUGGUUGUGGUCAUCAGACUUGCUGUGACUGUGGAGAAGGCCUCGAAUUAUGCCCCAUUUGUCGGAGCGCCAUCGAGACUAGAAUUAGGCUCUUUUAAUAAGCUUUCUUGUACAUAUAUGAUCAUAUUUGAUUGGCAACAGCUGAAUCAAAUUUUCAUGACUGUCUGGAAGUGAAAGGAUUCCAUAGGUUAUUACAACUUCUACUCAUCCCAGAAAUGAAAAUUGUUGAAAGGUGAGUUUAACUGGAAACCGACGAGGCUCCAAACAGAUGAUGUCCUUAUGUCGGUGCAUGUUUUUGGUACAUGCAUGAGAAAACGAAAAGAGUAGGUAAUCACUGGCUGGCAGAGGUCAACAGAAGCUGGGCUGUUGAUCUGAUGAGAUAAUCACCCUUUUGCUUGGUACUUGAUUACUUGUUAAAAAAGAAUUACUGGAGAAUUAGGUUUGGUUUGUGAGAGUGAUAGACGAAUAAAGUUACAGAAGCAUCCUCGUUCUUUUGUUCCUUCAUUGUGUGUAAUCUCUUUUCCUUUUCCCAUCCUUGAGUGCUAGCAAGGCUCAGACUUGAACCCGAUAGGUGUCCUCGAGUUUGUAUAGUUUAUUCAUGCUCCUACCAAUGUACAUAUUUGUUUCAAGCUUCCAACAGUUGUGUUUAUAACAUUACUGAAGAACAUUGUAGUCACAA